AUGUCUUCUCCGGCUGAACUGUUGGCAGCCCGUCACGCUGCGGUGUCAGAGCCCACAUCAUCUGUUCCUGCUACCGAACCGUCGGUCGGUUCGUCCAGAGGAACAGAUGUGGAGCCAUCAACUGCAGCCACUUCCGAGGAACCUGAUGAUGAGCUUCUGGUUUCCGUGAAGCCUUUGAAGAUCAAUGAAGAGGCCUUCCCAGUACUGGGUCACGAGGUUUCCUCAUCUUCUUCCAAACCACAAUGGGGCCCUCUAAUGGUGACCAACGUGGUCGUUUCCAAAACAAAAAAUGGCAAAGAAAGUCCUGCGAUUCGUUCUCAGAACGUUUCUGAGACGUUUUUCAUAGACGGGGACCAGCAGGCGGACAUUUCCAGAAGCGAAUUGCUCAAGGUCCUCAAUAAAAUCAAGGUUGAGAAUGGGGUGAGUAUCGAGUCUACGUUUUCGGCCAAGACUGGAAAGAGAACUUUUCUACUGAAUGGGCCCCAGCAAAAAGUCAAGAAGACGAGGAAGCAGAUUCUUAAGGAGUUUACGAAACCAGUGGUCGUCAAAUUCACAAUUCCGGCCAAACUCCGUUCCGUGGUGAUUGGAUCAGCAGGCAAAACUUUGAAGCCGAUCAUUGAGGAAUCGGGCGUUAAAGUUGAUAUCGGGAGAGAAAGCACUCCAACCCCACAAUCUGAUCUUCCAGAAGAUGAUUUCUUCAAUAACGUGGUUCCUGUUGUGCUUGAAGGUGACGCUGAAGGCUGUGAGAUCGCUAAAUCUAUGAUUAUUGCAAUCGUUCACGAAAACACCAAGAAUUUAUCUGUGAAAAUACCGAUUUCCAGCAAAUUGAAGCCUUUUGUGUAUGCUGAGGUCAGCAAGAUCCAGCUUCCCGAGGGCGUUGGCAUUAAUGCUCCUACCCGUCAACAGCGGUUCUCCCAUAUAUCGGUAGAAGGUCCCAGAGAGUCUGUGCAACAGGUUAGGGAGACUAUCAAGGAUUUGCUCGCGGCCUUGGACUCUACAAUUGUGUCUGAGUUAAAGACUGUUCCAAAGGGUAUACACGAGCUUUUGGAUCCCAACUACAUAUACGAUACUGCCAAUGUGGUGAUCCGCGUUCCAGAUCUUGACGAUCCUUCCUCGCAGGUUGAGUUCAUUGGUACAUCUGCUGAUAUUGCAAAGGCCGUUGUCAUCGGAAAGGAGAGAUCCCAAGACUAUUUUGUGGAUGCUCUCAACCUUGAAAAGUCUCACGGUGGUAACUACGAGCACGCCAAAAUGCUGGCUGCCUAUUUUAACUACUCGGGAUUCUUUGACGAGCUGAGCGAGAAACACAAUGUUAGGAUUGCCAGUCCUUCUUAUGACUUUUUGGCUGAUAAGUCAAACAAAGUUGUUGGAAUCAGGAUAAGUUGUAAGAGAGAAACGAAAGAUGCUGUUAAGGCCACCAGAAAAGAAAUCGUCGAUAGGGUGAACAGCAUUUCGCCGUCAUUUGUUAAGGUGGUUGAAGGUGUUGACCCUUUUGUCUCCAAGUCGAUUGACACAACGGUUGCCGUUGACAAUGGAGUUGCUAUUGUGCCUCUUGGAUCUCUUGUCAAGAAAACGUUUUCCACAGCUUUAAUCUUGGUCUCUCUUCCUGAAGAAGGCGAGUUUGUGCCAUCUCUUGCAGAGAUCGAUGCCAAACUCAGAACAGUCGAGGCCUCGUUUGCUGAGCUUAUUGAGAAGUCAAAGGAUAUUGUCACCCGUGUAGUUGAGAUCCCUUCUGCUGACCAAGAACUUUUGGAAGGCCCACAUGGUUCUUCUCUGAGAGUUCUUGUGUCUGAGCUUGCUACCGAUUCAGUGAACAUCAAGUUCCACCAGAACACCGAGGGUUCUUCUCCAGACAGCUUCUUGAUCCAUGGCUUCAAGGAACCAGUCUCUAAGGUUGAGUCCGGUCUUGAAAAGGCUAUUUACGAUGCCAAAAACUAUGAGACUGCUUCGAAGUAUAGCUUGUCUGUUCCCUUUGCCAGAUCGCUUUUAGCCAAGUUAAUUGGACAGAAAGGCUCCAACCUGAAUGCAUUGAGGGAUGAAUUUGAAAUCAAAAUUGACGUUCAUGACAGGAAGGAAGAUGCCGAGACCAGCGAUAUCAAGCUCACUGGUUUAGAAUCGAAUGUCUCCGAAUGCUGCAAGAGGUUGGACAAACUUCAAAAGCAAUGGGCAGACGAAAAGACACUCAGACUUCAUGUGGAACAGAAAUACCACAAAAAGCUGAUUGGUCCAAAUUACUCCUAUGUGAACAGACUCCAAGAUAGAUAUUCUGUUUCAAUCCACUUUCCACCUGUGAAUGCCACCAACAAUGUGGACGAGGUUGUCGUCAAGGGUCCUUCGCGUGGAGUUGCCAAGGUGGAGGAAGAGCUCAAGGCGUUGUUGCAGUACGAAAAGGACAACGGCUACAAGGAGACAAUUAAAGUGCCAGUCAAGGCGCUUUCCAGAGUGAUAGGAAAGGGCGGUGACCGCAUUAAGGAUAUUGCUGCGGUUACGGGUGUGGAGAUCAACUUCAACGGCGACGACGAAGACGAGAAGAAGGCUGGAUUCACAACAUUUGAGGUUGUUGGUAGUCGCGCAGCUAACAAGGAGGCAAUAGCCAAGAUUAAGGAUAUUGUGGACGAGUUCGACAACCACGUAACUCUCAGUGUUAACGUUAACCCCAAGUAUCACUACGCCCUCGUUGGCCAGAACGGUUCUGUGAGGAAGGAAAUCAUCCGCAAGGCUGGCGGUGGCGAUGCUAUUGCGCCCAGGUGGAGAGAAUACAUGCAAAUUCCCGAGAAAUCGUCUGGAAAGUCGGAAAUUGUUUGCUCCGGAAAGGAUGAGGUGGUGAAGUCGAUCAUAGCUCAAAUCGAGAAGAUUGUCCACGAUCUCGAGAACGUGAUUACCGAGGAAGUGGUUGUGCCCAAACAGAGGCAUGGACGGAUCAUUGGAGCUGGCGGGUCGACGAGAAGAGACAUAUGUUCUGAGUUUGGUGUAACGAUUGAUAUUCCAAAGCUUAACGUUGAGUCGGACGUGGUUAAGGUGACCGGAUCGCCUGAAUCUGUCGAGAAAGCCAAGGCAAAGAUUGUGAGUCUUGUCAAAUAA